AGUAGAAAGCGAAGAAAUGACAACAUAUAUUAAGAUUAUAAAGUUACUGUAGAUUCUUUCACGAGAAAAAAAUCCUUAAAGAGAUUCCGUGUGUUGGGAGAGUGCUUAAAAAUUAAAUUCAUCCCCAUUUAAAAUUCAUAAAUAGUACAGAAGUUAUAUAAUCUAAUCAUCAUAGUCCUAAUAAAGCAUCUAAAAGUUUAGUUUUGAAGUGAAAAGAAACAUACAAUCCCUCAAACAUCGUGUUUUUUUGUAACACACAAAAAAAGGCUACAGAGUUGUAAUUGGUGUGUUUGCUCGUUUUGGGAGGUGGAAAGAAAAAAAAAGAAAACUUUUCAAGUGUUUUAAGUAGUUAUUUAAUAUAGUUUACAAUGGAAUGCCCCCAUCUCAGUGAAGAAUGUGUUAAGAUAAAUCGAGAAUUUGUGAGAAAAUUGAAAAUUGAAAUAUCAACAGCAGCUCCUUCAUUGUCCAAGACAUGGCGAUGUCUAGAAUGCGCAUCAAUGAAGGAGAAUUGGAUGUGCUUAAACUGUGGGACAGUUCUGUGUGGUCGCUAUGAGAAAUGUCAUGCACUGAGGCACUCAUCAUCUCGGAAUGAUCAUAAAAUCUGCAUGAGUAUGAUGAAUUUUUCCGUCUAUUGCUACAAAUGUGACGAAUUUGUUGUAAAUGAUACAAAAGAGAUGCGUCUGUGUGAACUUCGUCAGGAGUUAAAUAGUAAAGAUGAUGAUUCAGCAUCGGAGACAUCUACAUCAUCCGGGGUGGAUGAUCCCGCUGUGGUUGGUAGAAAGUACCAUCAGGAGAUGACAAGUGCAUCAUCAUCGAGUGAUUCCGGGUGGGAAGAGAUGCCGCAUUCGAGGAAAUUGCGACCACGCAAACGAACAAUUUCGAGCGAUAGUGUUGAAAAUACAAAAAGAAAAUCCCUCCGAAAAGUAGUUGGUUUGCGUAAUUUGGGUAAUACGUGCUUCAUGAAUUCUGUACUUCAGUCUCUGAGUAAUAUUCAUGAGUUCAGCUGCUACUUCUCUGCCUUACCUGCAAUGGAGACAAAUAAGCAGAAACGCUUUUACCAUUCCCGUAGUAUCAAAGAGAAUGUCCACGAUGCCAAUGUUGUGGAGGAGCUGCGAAAGGUUCUCCUGAACCUCAGCCAAGGGGGUGGUAGUGGUUCUAAGGCCAUCUCACCUGAAUGUCUCUUCCUCGUGAUAUGGAAAGUUGUACCGCAAUUUCGUGGUCAUAGGCAGCACGAUGCUCAUGAAUUUCUUCGAUAUAUGCUCGACCGAUUGCACACGGAACUUCAGCAAAUUAACUGCGUGGCACAGGUCACUGGGUGGACUAAGGCAUCAUGUGAUGCUGAAGCCAGUGUACCAGGGGGCAUUUUUAAAGGACGAAAUUCCAUUGUAACAACAGUUUUUGGUGGUAUUCUCCAGAGUGAAGUACGCUGCCUCAUCUGUGGCAUGGAAAGCAAAAAGCACGAUCCUUUUCUUGAUCUCUCACUAGACAUUCCAGAAAAGUUCUACAAGGAAUGCAAUGAGGACAAUCAAACUGUGUGCAACAUUUCAGAUUGCCUAUCAAGUUUUACUGAAAUUGAGGAACUGGCUGAAACAGAAUUGUACUAUUGUAGUUCAUGUAAAUGUAAGCAGAAGUCAACGAAACGUUUUUGGAUUCGUCGUCUACCCAACGUUUUAUGCUUGCAUAUCAAAAGAUUUCGAUGGAGUAAUUUUUUUAGAACAAAAAUUGAUCUGAGAAUUUCAUUUCCCAUCAAUUCUCUGGAUAUGUCACAAUUUGUUCUCAACAAUGGUCCAGAAACAAGACGUUCGAAUUCAGCAAAUAAUGUCUAUGAUCUCGCUGCUGUUAUCGUCCAUCAUGGAAAUGGAUCCAGCUGUGGCCACUAUACCUCAUUUGCUAUCAACAAUGGCACUUGGUUGCAUUUCAAUGACCAUACUGUUAAAGAAGUGACACCGUCCGCUGUUGCCGAUUGCAAACCUUAUAUACUUUUCUAUAUUAGAAGAGAUCCAAAUAAAAAUUCGUGAGAUUAAAUUUAAGACUGAAUUUAUUUCGUACUUUUUUUUUAAUAUCUCUUUUUUUCUCUUAAAUUAUUUACUACUUUAUAUAUACUUAUAUAUGUACAUAGGUAUUAUUUCCAUUUCUUUCAUAUGUCAAGUUUCUUCUCGCAGUUAAUAAUAAAAUAAUUAAUUUAAUUAUUCUUAAAAAAAAACAAAAA